UUGCUGCUAUGUGUUGCUAAGAGCUCAGUCUUGAAAGUGUUAAGACAAUAAAAGUUGUCAAAAUUGAAUUUUGUUUAGAGGAUUGAACUAUUUUUCUGGUGUUAUGACUAUUAAUAUUGUGUGUAAAGAUUGAAUUUUGCUGCUGUGUGUUGCUAAGAGCUCAGUCUUGAUAGUGUUAGAGAUGACAGUAGCAAGAAAAACUGGAAAAAUUGAAUUUUUUUAGAAAAUUGAGGUUUAAUUUUUCUAUGUGUUGCUAAGAGCUUAGUCUUGAAAGUGUUAGAGAUGAUAGUAGCAAGAAAAACUGGAAAGAUUGAAUCUUUAAAGAAAUUUGAGGUUUAGUUUUGCUGCUAUGUGUUGCUAAGAGCUCAGUCUUGAAAGUGUUAAGACAAUAAAAGUUGUCAAGAUUGAAUUUUGUUUAGAGGAUUGAACUAUUUUUCUGGUGUUAUGACUAUUAAUAUUGUGUGUAAAGAUUGAAUUUUGCUGCUGUGUGUUGCUAAGAGCUCAGUCUUGAUAGUGUUAGAGAUGACAGUAGCAAGAAAAACUGGAAAAAUUGAAUUUUUUUAGAAAAUUGAGGUUUAAUUUUUCUAUGUGUUGCUAAGAGCUUAGUCUUGAAAGUGUUAGAGAUGAUAGUAGCAAGAAAAACUGGAAAGAUUGAAUCUUUAAAGAAAUUUGAGGCAAAUGGAACUAUGGUGUCAGCAAAGCCAGUAAUGGUGCCACAAAUUGAGGAGAAGAUGAUGGUGAUGCUAAAUGAGACUAGGAGAAAACUUGGCAGCUUUCAGAUUUGUGCACUUUGCACUUGCUGUGGUGGGGAUAAAGGAUACUGCUUGCCCACUCCUUGUUGCUAUGCCAUCAAUUGUAAUAUACCAAACAGGCCUUUUGGUUUCUGUGCUUUCACUCCUAAAACUUGUAAUUGUCUUGGAUGCCAUAUCUAAUACUGAAAUCAAAGCAUCUUUCUUGAA